UUAGCAGAACUUACACUGGUUACACAACGAUGUCACUGCUGCACAUCUUUGUUUUCYUUUCUCUCCUGCAUUAUCAUGUUUUACUCGCGUCUGUAACACCGAUAAGAGUCUCAACACAACAAGGCAAUGUGCUUGGGCAAAUUGAAGUCAUUCAAAUCGAAAAUGGACCACAAUAUACCGUGUACAAGUUCUUGGGUAUUCCAUAUGCGCAGAGUCCAAUUCGUUUCAAACCUCCACAAUCUCUUAGCAGUCAAUCAAGACCAAAUGACUACGACGCCACAUCCCGCCCACCAGUAUGUUUACAAUUUGUAGAUAAGAACCCAUACAUACCAUCUAUAAAACGGGCCUGGCCUGGAUUUAACAGUAGUAAAAAUAUGAGCGAAGAUUGUCUUUUGUUGAACAUCUAUACUCCAAGUACGAAGUGCACGAGGAAAUAUCCAGUGAUGGCCUAUAUUCACGGAGGAAGCUUUUUGGGAGGCUCCCCUUUUCGUGAUAUAUCCCCAGCUGAGUAUCUCCCAAAGCAUGGUGUGGUUCUUGUCACCAUCCAGUAUAGACUCGGAGCGUUUGGGUUCUUUACCACGGGGGACUCAGAAGCACCGGGGAAUUUGGGUCUUCUUGACCAAAUAGAGGCCCUUAAAUGGAUUCGAGACAAUAUUGAUGGUUUUUGUGGGGAUAAAACUAGAGUCACUCUCCUUGGUGAUGGCGCAGGAGGAUCGAGUGUCUCAUUACAUUAUUUAUCACCUCUGUCCAAGAAUCUGUUCCAUCGCGGAAUAGCUAUCAGCGGCGUUGCCUUGACUCCCUUUACCACCAAAAAAAGAGACACUGUGUUAAAUGCUAGCAAAACUCUUAUUAAGGCUUCUGGCUGCAAAAGAACGACCUCGCAAUUAACAGUUCGAUGUUUACGCAGGUUGAAGGGUAACGAUAUCAUCAAACACGAUAAAGAUCCUUUUAAUAUGCAGCCAUUUGUCGACGGUCACUUCCUACUAGAUGAACCACGAAAGCUAUUGGAAAAGUGGAGUUUCUCUAAGCUUCCACUGAUGUCGGGCUUUGUCAGCAACGAAGGAACAUUGGGGUUUAAGGACGCGAACAUAAGUAAUAUUACAGACUACAGAAACUACUUAGAUAAACAGUUUUUUUCCACAAUUCUUACAAUUUACAAAGGAAGAGGCACCUAUUCUUGGGGUGACUUGGAAAGUUCUGAAGCAUUUCGAGAUAAGAUCUUGGAUAUGCGGGGUGACUCUUUGGUUAACGCGCCUACUCAUGAUGUCUUGUCCUUUCACAGCAAGAAUGGUGCUACUACAUACAUGUUUGAAUUCGCUCAUCGCUCUCGCAUACUUACAAGAGAAACUUGGAAGGGAGUGAUGCAUGAAGAUACAACUCCCUACAAGUUUGGUUUACCGUUACUGAAAUCAUCCAGAGCGAACUCGACAUUCGAUGAUGAUGACAGAGCUGUCAGUAAGAAGAUGUUAACUCUUUUCACCAAUUUCGCCAAAUCUGGUACUCCUAAUAGUCCUAGCCCUGUACAGGGAGUGCAGUGGACUCCCUUCGACACAUCUAACAAAGCUUUCCUGAAAAUCCAGAAAACCCCUGCCAUGACCAGCAAGUACCAUCCACUAAGAAUGGCAUUCUGGAACAGCUACUUUCCAAAACUAUUUCCAUGUCCGAAAAGUAAAGUCUGGUAUGGCCGAUGUAAGAGAAGCCAAGCUGCUAGACCAGCACAAUCACCCAAAGAUGAAUCAAACCCCGCUAGUUUUGUUCGAGGAGCUCCCAACCUUAAUGGAGUACUGUGGUGAGAAAGUGAGCUACCACCUUCUCUCACUUUAGAUACCAACCGCUCAUCGGAAAAGAAUACGAUUAUACUAAUACUAGAACCUAAUCUAAAUAGAAUAGAAGUAUUAUUAAAGCUAAAUUAUUAAGACUCUAAGCACUCAAAAAGAUUGGCUAUUGGAGGAAGUAAAGAACCAGCAUUGUAACCUAGGGCAUUCCACAGGAAACCCGUUUCUUGACAAAAUUGCUUGACGACAGACAUAAUUAAGGAUACUAAAAUCGAAUUUAAAUUAUGUUAAA